CACGGGUCACGCUAUGCCCGAAUACCUUCAUCUUCUAGCCCCGCCACCACCUCUUCUCUCGUUUAGCUAUAGCUGUGUACCUGGUGGUGGUUUGACUAGACUCUUGUCUUAGUUAUUUCCAACGGUGAGUCUAUUUUCUAGGAUGAUCAAAUCCGUUUUGGCCAUGAGGCUGUUAUAAAAAUCAGUCGAUCGAGCGCAGCCUUCCUUACGUUUAAAGCACUCCUUCAUUCCUGUUGUACCGAACUAACGCUCUUCCAUGGACAACCAGGACUCCCACCCUGAAAUCAUCGUUUCCCCUCCUCCCGACGCCACUAUGUAUCCCAGUAACAGCGCACAUUCUCAGAAUAUUCCUUACGAUCCUUUGCCCUUGACUCAAGAUCCACCUAGGGACUCUGUUUACUCCGAUCUUCCUUCUCCCCAUGCUUCGGGCUUCGACACUCCUCCUGUCGAAAUGUCUAAUCUUUCUGACACCAUACCCCCCGGUGCAGCCCAACCACGCUUUCUUGGUGCAGCUCUGUACGACGAUCCCUCUAACGGAUAUCGAGAUUCUUUCGCGUCCCAAAAUACCCAAAAUACCUUUAGAACCGCACCUUCCGCCGUCAAUUCCUCUGUCUACGCCUUGAAUCCUGACACUUCUGAAGCAGAAAAUUCUGGUGCCUACCGUGAUGACCCCCAUGACCCCGAGUACAACCCAGGCUCUGGUCAGGGUGUGGGUUUCGACUCCCCUCGUUACCUUGCUGAGAAGCGGUCAGCAUACACCGUCCCAAGUGUAAAAUCAAAGCGUGGACUUAUCAUAGCUGGCUCAAUUCUUGCAGCUGUGAUAGUACUCAUUGCUAUCGUUGUCCCCAUAUAUUUCGUUGUGAUCAAGCCCAAAUCAUCGUCGUCGAAUAACAGCUCCGUCUCUCCCAGCAACCCCACCUCGACCUCGUCCGGUCAACCUUCAUCCGCUGCUGUUGUCACUGGUGGCAAUGGCAGCACGAUCACUAUGGAGGAUGGUACUACCUUCACGUACUGAACCCUUUUGGUGGUACUUGGUAUUGGGAUCCUGAAGAUCCAUUCAACAACAAUGCUCAGGCUCAGUCGUGGACGCCUCCCCUCAACCAGACUUUCAGCUACGGCACUGAUAAAAUUUUUGGGUAUUUUUUUUUUUCGAUCGUUCCUUGUACCUCCAAUGACACAUCAUUUUUUUCCAGCGUCAAUUUGGGUG